UAUCCAUAUCUAUUUCCAUUGUGCAUUCAAUUAUAUUUUACUCUCUCCUUUCUAACUUCCCAACAAAAAUCUCAAAACCUUCAUCAUUCCCAUUGCUAGUCAUCAUCAUGGACUCACAAAAGCACCUUUUCAUCCUCUCAUGUCUUUCCCUAUUACUUGUACUUCUCUCAGGACAAAUGGAGAUGCAAGUUGAGGCCACUCGCCAUCUCAAUCAUCCUUCAAAAAAAUUGUUUGUUUUUGGAGAUUCGUAUGUUGAUACCGGCAACUCCAUAAAAACCAUAUUUGAUUCAUGGAAAGUACCUUAUGGUAUAACCUUUCCCGGAAAACCAGUUGGGAGAUUCUCCGACGGUAGAGUUUUAACCGACUUCCUUGCCAAGUAUUUGGGAUUGAAAUCACCAAUCACUCACAAUUUAUGGAAUACUAAUACAGUGCCUAAGCAUGAUUUGAAGUAUGGGAUGAACUUUGCCUAUGGUGGUACAGGUGUAUUUGAAAUAUCUUCUACAGGACCAAAUGUGACAACACAAAUCAAUUCCUUAAUCAAACUCAUUCAAGAAAAUGUAUACACUCCCUCAGAUAUCACCAAAUCUAUAGCUUAUGUCUCUGUUGCUGGAAAUGACUACAAUUAUUAUUUGAAAACAGGAGGAGCUUUCCUGGGUUUCCCAUCUUUCCCAUCUUUCAUUGAAUCAGUGAUUGAACAAACAACCACCAAUUUGAUUCAUCUUCAAAGCUUAGGAUUUGAGAGAAUUGUUGUGGGUGCUUUACAACCCCUUGGUUGUCUUCCUCAAGCAACUGCUGAAACCUCAUUCCAAAGUUGCAAUAGUACAUUUAACGACCUCGUAGCUCUCCACAAUAACCUAUUGAACCAAUCUGUUACAAAGUUAAAUCAAGAAACCAAUGAUCACACCACAUUCACAAUUCUAGACAUUUUCGAUAGUUUCAAGUCAGUGUUGAAUCACCCUUCUAGCCAUAACAUUAAGGAACGUUUGAAACCAUGUUGCGUCGGAGUAAGCAGUGAGUAUAAGUGUGGAAGUGUAGAUUAUAAAAAUUUAAAUAAGGUUAAGAAAUAUUUGGUUUGUGAAAAUCCUGAAUCAACUUUCUUUUGGGAUCAGUUGCACCCAACACAGGCCGGUUGGAAUGCUGUGUAUAAUGAGUUGGAGAAGAAAGAUCUUUAUCAAGUUUUGUAUUAGGGCUUCACUAUGUAUAUAUGUUUGUGCCAUCUAUUUGCAUCCUUUUGUUUGUUGUUCGAUAAAACACCUCUAUUGUCAUUAAUUUGUUGAUUUAUCCUUAAAAUCAACUUGUUUGUAAGAUUGUAACUAUUCUGUUUGAUUUCAUUUCAAUGCGUAGAUUAUGAAAAUUGAUUAUUAUCAUUA